AGGAAAGAACGGCAAGAAAAGAAGAGUGCAGUGUCGUCGGUUGCAAAUAAAGAAACCCACACUCCAUUCCUUUGCUUUGGAGAGGGAAAUGACACUCGCAGUUGUGUCUGCGUUCACACUAUCCAUUCUCUUCACACUCUCUUCAAAAGCCACCGCUCACUACUCUUCCUCUUCUUCCCAGCCACCGUCUCUACAAUCUUCUUCUUCGCCCUCCUUCUCCGAAUGGCGAUCUGCGCACGCCACCUAUUACGCCGCCGCCGAUCCCCGUGACGCGGUGGGAGGCGCGUGCGGCUACGGCGACCUGCUGAAGGGCGGCUACGGGAUGGCGACGGUGGGGCUGAGCGAGACGCUGUUCGAGCGCGGUCAGAUCUGCGGCGCGUGCUUCGAGUUGAAGUGCGUGGAGGACAUGCGGUGGUGCAUCCCCGGCACCUCCAUCAUCGUGACGGCGACCAAUUUCUGUGCCCCUAAUUAUGGGUUUACGAACGAAGGAGGUGGACACUGUAACCCUCCCAAUAAACACUUCGUUCUUCCCAUUGAAGCCUUUGAGAAAAUCGCUAUUUGGAAAGCUGGGAACAUGCCCGUUCAGUAUCGCAGGAUAAAGUGCAGAAAGGAAGGAGGGAUCCGAUUUACAAUCACUGGUUCUGGUAUCUUCAUUUCAGUGCUGAUAAGCAAUGUUGCUGGCCACGGAGACAUAGUAGCGGUGAAGGUUAAAGGCUCAAGAACUGGUUGGCUUUCAAUGGGUCGGAAUUGGGGGCAAAACUGGCAUGUAAAUGCAUUGUUACAGAAUCAACCUCUUUCAUUCGAGGUUACUGCUAGUGAUGGCAAAACAGUUACAUCUUACAGUGUUGCUCCCAAGGAUUGGAGCUUUGGACAAACCUUUGAAGGCAAGCAGUUUGAGACUUAAGAGCUCAGUGAAGAAAUCUUGUUUCAAGGGACCGUUAUCCUUCCCUUUCUCAUUCUAAAAUUUUUUACCCCAAUAGUGAUCAAAGGUCUACUUACCGGUGGUUUUGUUUCUACAUUUUAAUUCUUUUGGUUUUGUAGAAGACUGUGUAGAUAGCAAAUGAUUUGGUGGUUUGCAAGAAUGUGAUGGUGUACCUUUCCAUUUAUUAUCUUAGGAAGUUUUGUAUGAAAAUUACCUUAUUGGUCAACUCCAAAGAAGAUAUGACAAUGUAAAUUGUGUAAGGCUCUUAUUAGGACG